CUAGUGUGCAGCGCGGUCAACGGGGUACUGUCUGUCAAAAACAUCGGCCCCAAACUGAAGCAGCCACCAGUCCAGUAGCAGAGUAGCAUCAAAGCUAGAAGAGGCGGUGAGAUUAAUAAACCAACAAGAAACCGCGUCGAUCGGAUCUAAUUGUAUUUGUAUUAUUACCAUCAUCUUUAGUUCUUUACACACAAAGUCCAUGUGUCGGUGACACCCCUCGGCCCCACUCCCCACACUCUGGUCCUUGCUUGCUUCUUGCUAGUCCAUCCAUGUGACCCUGCUCCGCUGCUGCUCUUCCAUACUUCCCACUUCCACUCUCUCCCAGAUCAGAUCCGAUCACCUUCUUUUCCUUUCUGCCACUUAAAAAAAGGUGGAUCUGUGUCGGUUCCAUCACCGAAAUAUUGGAUCUUCUUCUCUUCUUUCAUUCCCAGCUCCAAAACCCAGAUUUCUUUCACUCCCCAUUUCCAAUUAAACUACUUGCCACGCAGCCACCAUCAAUGGCGAGAUUCAGGAAGCUACUCUUGCUCUCCUUCUUCUUCUUCUUGUUCACCUCCCCCCUCUUCCUCUCUGCAUCUUCCUUAGACAACGAUGAGCAACCACAACUGCCCAAGAAAAAGAGCAGCAGCCUAUCAUCAUCACAAGCAACACCAACCACCAAGCUUUCCAAAUCUACUAUUUCCUCUGCUAACAAGAACCAAACCAUGAAACUCAUGAAGAAGACUACUACCAACUCUGCUGCUAUCGGAGAUACUCUUUCUUCUUCUUCUUCUUCGAGUGGUAAGAAGAACCAGACCAAACUUGUUACCUCCAAAUCCUCCAACUCUACUAAAUCAACAUCACCCACCAAGUCCAAGGCCAGCAGCAGUAGCGAUUCUCUACUCACCACGAAGAAGAAGCCCUCCAAUUCCACAGCUGAUACUGCUCAGCUCAUCAAGAAGAAAGACAAGAAGCAGCAGCUCAAUUCCACUUCCACUCCCACACCCACCAAAAUCAAAACCCUAGUUUCAGAUCCAUCAAUCAAGCAAUCAACUUCCCCCAAAAACAAAACCACCACCAAAUCCCAAACCCUAACCCCCAAACCAGAUCCGAAAACUAACAACAACAGCAACAAGAAGCCAAUUAUUACCAAGGCGAAGCCGCGCUCGCCGCCGAGCUGGAUCGAGCCAGACCAGGACGACGACGAUUUGGUGUCGGAGUUCAGAGAUCUGCCCUCCAAGUUCCACCAGCACCUCAUCCCCGACCUGGAGCGGAUCUCGCUCACCUCAAGGAAGUACCUGAACCAGGCCAACAAGGAAAUCACCAAAGGAUUCAAGCCUUACGUGGGGAACAAAUACGCCGCCACGGUCGCUUCCUUCGUCUCCUUCGCCUUCAUCCUCAUCCCUCUCCUCCUCGUCUCCCUCGUCGUCAACCGAAUCAAGGCCUACUUCUCCCUCCAGAAGCUCCUCAUCUUCGUCCAGGUCUACCUCGCCAUCUACUUCGCCAUCCUCUCGCUCUCCGCCCUGGCCACGGGGCUCGAGCCGCUGCGUUUCUUCUACGCCACCGCCGGAUCCACUUACUUCUGCCUCAUGCUUCUCCAGACCUUGGCGUACCUGCUCUACCUCGUGUUGCUCCUCAUUUACCUGGCUCUCGUCUUCUCCCCCGCCGCCGGCGGGUUCGGCGGGGCCGGGAUGGGCCCGAAGAUGCUGGGCCUGAUCCAGGCACUGAUGGGCUUCGCCGUUGGGCUGCAUUUAUACGUGGCGGUGUUUCAUAGGGUGCUGCUCCACCAACCGCCCAAGACGAAUUGGAAGGUUCACGGGAUCUACGCCGUUUGUUUUCUGGUUGUCUCGCUGCUUGCCGGCGCCGAGAGGAGGAAGAAGGCUUACUUGGAAGAAGGCGGCGAAGAGGGCAAGGUUAACUGAAUUGAAUUGGUCCCUCAAAUUACACUAUUUACCCCAAUUAGUCCUCAGAUUUCCCCUGUUUACAUCUUUUAGUUCCUUUCUCUUUUUUUUUUUUUCAGUCUGUUUGUAAUUUAUUUCGACAAAACUCAAAAGAGGGGUCAUAAGGGCGGGGCUGAUUUGGUCCCACGAAGUAGAAAUAGGUGCUUCAUUGGCCGCAAUGAAAAUCAUUGCUGCCUUUUUAGUCCGAAUGGGGGAAGUAAAAGGAAAGCAGAGAUCUUGUUACAGAAACACACAUGAAUGAAUUUUGUAAAAGUGU